CGUGCCCGCUGCAUCUACCGGAAGUUCUAAGUUGUGUGUUUUUGUUGAGACCGCCUCUCUACAGGCAGCAACACAGAGGUUUUACUGCGUACGCUUCUACUGAAGUCUUGUUUUCAGGAUGAAGCAGAACUCGAACGUGCCGGCUUUCUUAUCAAAGCUCUGGACUCUGGUGGAGGACGCGGACACCAACGAGUUUAUUUGCUGGAGCCAGGAGGGGAGCAGCUUCCUGGUUUUGGACGAGCAGCGCUUUGCUAAGGAGAUCCUCCCCAAGUUCUUCAAGCACAACAACAUGGCCAGCUUUGUUAGGCAGCUGAACAUGUAUGGAUUCAGGAAGGUGAUGCACAUCGACACAGGCAUUGUGAAACAGGAGAGGGAUGGUCCUGUGGAGUUUCAGCACCCCUACUUCAAACACGGACAGGAUGACCUGCUGGAGAACAUCAAGAGAAAGGUUUCUAACACACGACCUGAAGACAACAAGUUUAGACAUGGAGACCUGACCAAAAUCCUGGCAAGUGUGCAGAACAUUCACAGCAAACAGGAGAGCAUUGAUGUCAGGCUGGCAUCUCUCAAGAGGGAGAACGAAGCUCUAUGGAGAGAGAUUUCAGACCUGAGACAGAAACAUUCCCAUCAACAGCAGCUCAUUAAAAAGCUGAUACAUUUCAUCAUCACACUGGUACAAAGUAACCGCAUUUUGAAUUUAAAACGUAAAAGGUCAAUUCUUAUGAACAGCAAUGGGCAGAAACCCAAAUACAUUCAUCAGAUUUAUGAGGAUAAAGCACGUGUGGACCAGAUGCCGGUCAGCGAUGCUGGUCCGCGUCUGAACAGUGUGAAGGGUGGGGACAUCGUAGAUGAUGUCAUCAUCUGUGACCUGACUGAGAAUGAUGCUGACGAUGGCGCGGACAUCACAGAGGCAACUCCAGCCUGUGAACACGGUGAUCUAGAAAUUGUGGAAGUAGAACUGGAUGGCUGUGGGGGGCUGCCAGCUGAGACGGAGGCCAACCCCACCUGUACAGGUGACCUCAGACAGGCUGAAGCUAAAGAAUCAGCAGCAGAGAACCAGACGAACGGCGGCGGAGCGACCAGCAACGCUCUGCUGCUCAAUAAGCCCUCUGGUCUGAGCCUAGAAGAUCCGCUAAAGAUGAUGGACUCCAUACUCAACGAGAGCGGAACAAUUUCACAAAACAUCAGCCUUCUGGGAAAGGUGGAGCUCAUGGACUAUCUGGACAGUAUCGACUGCAGUCUGGAGGACUUCCAGGCCAUGCUCUAUGAAAAGCAGUUUGGGGUAGAUUUUGACGCUCUGGAGGAGAACGUGUCGACCAAAGAGAACACUACCCAGACGAACAGAGGCAGAGCACAAGAUCACACGGAUAAACAGUUAAUCCAGUACACCACCUGCCCCCUGCUGGCCUUCCUGGAUGGCUGUUCCCCUUCUGCAGACCUGGAUUUGGGUCCCACUGGAACAGCAAGCAUGGAAGCCUCCCACUCUGGUGUUUCUGUGGAAGCUGAACCGCACACCCGGCUGCUGGAAACCAGCUUGGAGCCAAAGCAGCCCCGCCGGGGCUCCCUGAUUCGCCUGGAGCCUCUAACAGAAGCAGAGGCCAGUGAGGAGACCCUGUUUUACCUGUGUGAACUGAGUCCUGCUGGGGCGGAGCCUGACUCCCCCCACCUGAGUGGCCUGUGAGUGGGUUGUCCUGUGGUAAAGCUGUUUAGCUGUUCAGGUGUGUUGUGUAACGGCACCAGGAUGGUGACGCUAUAGCUGAGAUUAUGAAAUUGUUUUAAACUUUGGUUGAAUCAUCUGUUAGCUUUAUAACCUGUUAUUACUGCAGCCAUGCUGAAGUCGACGCAGAAACACCAGUCAGAUCAAAAGGACUUCAUAGAUUGUUGUUUUUGCUUUAAUUCAACCAGAUAAUUCCUGUUCAGGAGUGGAUGGUGCAUGACUGUUUCAGCACGUCUGAAAACAACUAAAUCUGUCCUGCAUUCCCUCAGCCGUGUGGAAAUAAAACUGACUCUGAUUCAA